AUGAAUAGGACGCGACUUUUCGUCACAUCGGGGACGAGGGUCGUCCCCCAUCCCCCAACCAGGGGACGGGGCGUCCCUCGCCCCCAUGAGGGGGACGAAUGA